UUCUAGAAUUCCACUCACAGGUGUGGAACUCUGGUCAGUUUCUUCACAGCUCUUGGGUGCCCUGCACUAGGGUCCCCUCUCUCCUUAAUUCCAGAUGGACAAGUUCAUCUUCUUGAUGGGUCUUUAUCUGCUUGGAUCUGCCAGAGGCCGACCUGUUGAGCCUCCUGGCUCUAUGGAUCAAGCUGGAACUCACCAACUUACAGGUGACGAUUUUUCCCUCGGAAACCCUUCCGGAAGUGAGGCUUUGUAUGAGACAUCAGGUGAGAAUUCUUUAAUUGAGCAUGGUUCCAGUGAGCACAGCACAAGCGAGCACACCUCUGGUGAGCAUGCCGUAAGCGAACAUACCGGCGAGCACGCAUCAGGAGAACAGCCCGCAGGUGAAAAGUCUGCAGUUGAUACGGCUGCAGGUGAACACGCUUCAGGUGAACAGGCUGUUACUUCGAGUGAACACGCUUCAGGUGAACAAGCUGUUGCCUCAGGUGAACACGCUUCAGGUGAACAGGCUGUCACCUCAGGUGAACACGCUUUGGGUGAACAAGCUGUUACCUCAGUUGAACAUGCUUCAGGUGAACAGGCUGUUACCUCAGGUGAACACGCUUCGGAUGAACAGGCUGUUACCUCAGGUGAACACACUUCAGGCGAUCAGGCGGCUACUUCAGGUGACUAUGCUGCAGGUGACCAGGCUGCUACUUCAGGUGAACAUUCUUCAGGCGAACAGGCUGCUGCCUCGGGUGAACAGGCUUCACCUGACAAAUCUUUGAGUGAACAACCUUCAGCUGUACCAGUUUCAAGUACAUCCCCAGGUGCGGUAUUAAAUUGCAACACCUGUGCUUAUAUGAACGAUCAAGGAAAAUGUCUUCGUGGAGAGGGAGUUUGUACCACUCAGAAUUCCCAGCAGUGUAUGUUAAAGAAGAUCUUUGAAGGAGGAAAACUCCAAUUCAUGGUUCAGGGAUGUGAGAACAUGUGCCCAUCUAUGAACCUCUUCUCCCAUGGAACCAGAAUGCAAAUCAUAUGCUGCCGGCAUCAAUCUUUCUGCAACAAAAUCUAGAAGGUUGUGCCCUCCUUUCUUGCUGACCGGGGCAGCCAAAGGCCUCCCAUCGCCACGCUCAGCUCCUCUCUAUUUAGUUCCUUACCCCAGUCAACAGUUCAUCACACCUCUCUCUCAGCAUCACACAGGAUGAUUCUAAAUACCUUUCCCAUUCUUCUCUGUCCUGUCUUCUUUGCUUCCCCUCUCAAAAUUCCUGAUUUACUUUUUAAAUAAAAUCUGCAUGAGUAAAGAA